AUAAAAAAAAAAAAAAUCAAUCUUCCAGCUGGCGAGAUAAACACAGAACGAAAGCAUAGACGUAUUUCUUCCCCAUGUCUCUUUCCGUUGCGAAGCGUUCUGCCUCGCAUCUGUGAAAAAUUGAGAUCGCCGCUUCCUUAUACGACUUGUAAAAAUUAAGGUUUUGGUGAAGCAGAGGAUAUAUCAGUUGAUUUCUGGGAUUUUGAAAGAUGGCGUGUAAAGGGUGUUUGGAAUGUUUGUUGAAACUAUUAAACUUCUUGCUCACUCUUUUGGGUCUGGCUAUGGUGGGUUAUGGGGUCUUCUUGUUUGUCAUGUACAACAAGUCAUCGGCUGAUGAUUCUUCACAACCACCUUCCAGCAAUGAUAUGAUACAGUUUGGUCGACCAAUGCUCAUUACGAUGUCUCUGUCAAGCAGCUUUCUUGAUAACCUGCCAAAGGCUUGGUUCAUAUAUGUAUUCAUUGGUGUUGGCGGCGUUCUGUUUGUAGUAUCUUGUUUUGGUUGUAUUGGAGCUGCAACAAGGAAUGGAUGCUGCCUAACAUGUUAUGCGAUGUUGAUUAUCUUGCUUAUCUUGGUUCAACUGGGAUGUGCAGCCUUCAUAUUUUUCGAUGAGAGCUGGAAAGAUGUAAUACCAACUGAUAAAACUGGAGAUUUUGAUGAGAUAUAUGGCUUUCUAGAUGACAACUGGGAAAUUAUCAAGUGGGUUGCUCUUGGUUUUGUUAUUUUUGAGGCUCUUCUAUUCAUCUUGGCCCUUAUAGUAAGAGCAGCAAACAGACCAGCUGAGUAUGACAGUGACGAUGAAUACAUCGGUGGACCCAGGCAACAAAUCCGCCAGCCUUUGGUUAACAGGCAGCCAGCUCCAGUCACCGGAGUACCUGUUACUGCUAGCCUUGAUCAACGUCCAAGCAGAAACGAUGCUUGGAGUGCACGUAUGAGAGAAAAGUAUGGUCUGGACACUUCGGAGUUCACAUACAACCCAGCGGAUCCAAACAGGACCCAGCAAGCUGCAGGAGGACAGCCACCGGCAGAGGAGAAGCGUUGCACCAUCAUGUAAUAACCGGGGGAAUAAUCUUGGUGGGUUUGUGCUAAAAAUUGAGUUUGGGGUCGAUUUUUUUGUUUUCAUUGACUGGUGUGAGAUACUUUGAUGUUGAGCAGAUAAACUAAGUAUGUUUCUGUUGUACAAAACAUUCAAUUGAGUUUUAUUUUGCCACUUCUAGCUAGUUUCCUCCUCGGCCAACGCAUCUAAAAAGGUGCCCCAGUGCAUUUUGAUGGUUUUAGUACAUGGAUUUGAUCUUAGGAUUUGUAAUUUGUAUGGGUCGAGGUUGGAAUAUGAUUUGCACAGUUGAAGUUAACCAUGAUUUAAUUAGUGCCAUUGACUGGCUUCUGUUUU